AUGGCCAAUCUAAGUGCAGCCUACACCGCUCCCGAUGCCAACAAAACCUUUGAGCAUGAGAUUCCAUCCACAACUGGCACCCUGGCAGCCAAGCAAGCCCACCUGACAGCUCUGCAGGCGCAGGUGCCCAAGCUGCAAGACGAGAUCAACGUGUUCUUGACUGAGCGCAUGGAAGAAGACAAGAAGGCAGGCCAGAUUUCCGCCCAAGAAGCCAAGGAGGAGGCGAACUACGGCGAGGAGGUUGUUGAAGAGGAAUAA